AUGAGCAAGAUUCAGGAUAAACCCAAAGCCUUGUCGCUGGUGGAUGAAAAUGAAAAGAAUCUUCAGCGAGUUCGUGUAGAGCGCAUUAAACGCGGCACUAGCCGUGGAGGCAGUUUAUCAUCUAAUCAUUCAAAUCGCAAACGGCAAAAGGGCAGUCUGCACAAUCAGCAACUAUACAAUGAUACUUAUGACAACCACCCAGACGAGUCUAUUUGCUUUAUCUGCGGUUGUCUUCUUCCUCGAGGAGCUGCACUAAUCAACGAGCAUUUGGAUCGCUGUUUAGUAAAUGGGACUCAGUCUGAAUCUAUUUUGGGAUCUGGGAUCCCAAAUACCAAUGAUUCACUGACUGCAGUAGAGUCGCCAUCUGGUUCCAAGUCUUGGCUAGAGUAUUCAUGGGGAGGCCAGACUCGUGUUCGUGCGACUGCGCUUUUAGAAGGAAAUUUUGAAGCAAGCGGCUUUACUGUAAACAAAAAGGAAAAUGUAGAUACUGAAGAAGAUAUUGAUAUUGACGAGGACGGCACAGAUGAAUUUGGUAUUCCCCAAUUCAAUGAAGAUGAUAUUAAACCAUACAUGGAUGCCGAGGUAGAUAUAGAUGGCGAUGGUCCUGAACCAGAUCUAUUAUUGGCAGAGGCUAUUUCUGCGUCAUUGCAUGCGCCUCCUGUUUUACAACCAUCUGGAUCAGAUCCAGUCAACACUAUGGAUACUGGUUUUGAAUCGAAUCAUAGCAAACUUGUCAUAGAAUCACUCAAAGCUCAUAUUAGAGAACUUGAACUUUCUGCAAUCAAAGUGCCCAAAUGUCUAAUUUGUAUGGAUCCAUACAUUGAACCACUUGCAUCCACAGUUUGCUGGCACGUUCAUUGUCAAGCAUGCUGGCUACACACAUUGGCGACAAAGCGGUUAUGUCCUCAAUGUCAAAAGAUCACAUCUCCAAAUGAUUUACGUCGAAUAUAUUUGUAAAAUUAAAUAACAAUAAUAAUCCAGAGUUGUUUUACAACUGUAUUCACGUAAAUGAAGUACUUUAUCUUGCAGUGAUUACCUCGAAUAAACAAUGAUU